CAUUGGUCUAGCCGGUCAUUCGUUGACGAGCGAGAGCCAGACGAGGAGCGAGACAGACCGCGAGAGAGCUCGAGCUGAGACUUAUAGCUAUACGAACCGACUGAGUUUUGAAAAAGAGGAGCAGCAGAAACGGUUGUGUGGAAGAAUCUGUAUUGCAGCUAGAGACGAGAUUUGGAAGAAGACAUCGUGAUUUCGCGACGAGCGUAACGCAAAUCGCCGUGAAGAGAAGUUGGAAGGAGAUUCACUCGUCUCCGAACACGUGAGCUCGCGAGAAUGUCGCGCUCCUGCUGCAAGGAGACGCCGGAGGGCUGCUGCGAGGGCAUGUCCCGUCUGCAGGUGAACGACGAAGAAGCUGCUGUGUCGAAAGUGCUGGCCAGGCGAGGCAGGAGCAAAGGCGAGACGAGAAACCAGAAGGGCAGUGGCUUGACACACGAGUGCGGUGUCUUCGGUUGCAUCGCUGCUGGCGACUGGCCAUCGCCGAUCGACGUUGGACAAGUCAUAUGUCUCGGCUUGGUGGCUCUUCAGCACAGGGGUCAGGAGAGCGCGGGAAUCGUGACCAGCGAGGGCGUCUGCGCCAAGUCGUUCCACGUGCACAAGGGCAUGGGCAUGAUCAACAACAUCUUCAACGAUGAUAGUAUGAAGAAGUUGAAGGGUAAUCUGGGUAUCGGACACACGCGCUACAGUACCAGUGCUGCUAGCGAGGAGGUCAACUGUCAGCCCUUCGUCGUGCACACGGCGCACGGAGCACUUGCCGUGGCUCACAACGGCGAGCUCGUCAACACCGAGUCGCUUCGUAAAAUGGUACUGGGUCGCGGUGUCGGUCUCUCUACGCACUCGGAUUCAGAGUUGAUCACACAGGCUCUGUGUCUGAAUCCGCCAGAGGGAGAGGUCAACGGUCCGGACUGGCCAGCUCGUAUAAAGCACCUGAUGCAGCUCGCGCCGCUGUCCUACUCCCUCGUCAUCAUGCAGAGGGAUAGGAUCUACGGAGUAAGAGAUCCCUACGGAAAUCGGCCGUUGUGCAUAGGAAAAAUCGUGCCCAUUGGAAACUUGGGACACGACUCCGACGACGACAACAUCGAAGCCGAGGGUUGGGUCAUCUCGUCUGAAUCGUGCGGAUUCCUGAGUAUCGGAGCACGCUAUGUUCGAGAAGUUUUUCCUGGUGAAAUCGUCGAGAUGACAAGGGAGGGCAUCAAGACCAUUGAUAUCGUCGAGAGACCAGACAAAAAGCCCCAGGCUUUCUGUAUCUUCGAAUACGUUUAUUUCGCUAGAAGCGAUAGUAUCUUUGAAGGACAAAUGGUUUACUCCGUGAGGAUGCAGUGCGGACGUGUACUUGCUCGUGAAUCGCCUAUCGAAGCUGACAUAGUCAGUUCCGUCCCAGAAUCUGGAACCGCUGCAGCGCACGGUUACGCCAGAGAGUCCAAAAUUCCAUUCGCCGAGGUACUAUGCAAAAACAGAUACGUCGGCAGAACAUUCAUUCAGCCGAGCACGAGGCUGCGACAGCUGGGUGUUGCCAAGAAAUUCGGUGCCCUUUCAGAGAACGUAAAGGGCAAGAAAGUGAUCCUCAUCGACGAUUCUAUCGUCAGAGGAAACACCAUAGGACCAAUUAUCAAGCUUCUCAAAGACGCCGGAGCCAAAGAGGUCCACAUAAGAAUCGCCUCCCCGCCGCUCAAGUACCCGUGUUACAUGGGUAUCAACAUUCCCACGCGAGAGGAGCUGAUAGCCAAUCGGCUGGACAGCGUCAAGCUGGCCAAACACGUGGGCGCUGAUAGUCUGACGUACCUUUCCGUCGAGGGUCUUGUCCAGGCGGUGCGCCACGGAAUGGACAACCGCGAGAGCAGCUACAUCGGUCAUUGCACCGCUUGUCUUACCGGCGAGUAUCCGGACGAGCUGUCGAGCGAUAUCAGCUGGUGAUCGGUCAACGAUGAUCCUAUCCAGUGAUCGUCUUCCAUUGGUCCGGUAACGUCUGCGAAAAUAAAGGAUUCGAAUGAGAUUACAACCGAAUCCUGGAGAGCAGUGCGCGCCUCAUGUUAAACUGUUUUUAUUAAACGUUGCAUUUGAGGAUUAUUGAAAUUGUAUUCAGUGAAAAAUAAUGAUCUAUACAGUGAAUAUAUGAACUAUGACGUAGUUUUAGAGAAAUUCGUUUUUAUACUUUAGUUUGAAACAUUGUUAAUUAGGAACUUUUUUUUAAAGAUUUUUUUUUUUUUUUUUGAUAAAUGUAUUGAUAGAACUUUGCCAUGUAGGUAAGCUGCUGAUGAUUUCAGCAAGUGAAUGAUUGUUCUUUGUAGUUAAUACAGAAAA